GAAACCCAAGGGAUCGAUUCUUCUGCACUUCAGCAGGCGCGCAACCUCUCAUUCUCUGCAACCCGAUUUUUCCAUCUGGGAGCUGCUCUCACUACUGCCAUCUGCCUUCUUCCUCUUUGAGGAGUUCGAGGAGCAGGAUACAGAGGAUAUCAGGAGCUUUCUCUGGCGAAGUCUCAAACGCUGGCAACAGAGUUGCAAUCACAGGAAAGGAACUUGCAACCUCAAGAAGUCCAGCUGCCGAUUGGGGAGAGAAAGACAUUGAGCUUUGUUUUAUAGUGAACUUGUAGGAUUUGAGGUAUUUUCGGGCAUUUGCUGGCUGUGAUGGAGGAGACAGCUAUGGCAGAACUUAGUUUGGGGAUCCUUAUAGAUAUUGUUGAUGAGGAAUGGAUGAGGGACACUCUACCCAAUGAUGAUCUUCCUUUGCCAAUGGUGCUGGUUGCUCGGACUGAUGAUACUGAAGACCCAAAUCAAGAGAAUCAUCAAGUGGAUGAAGACACUGGGCAUGAUCUUGCAUUAGAAGUCAGACUGGAGAUACUUGAUGACAUUCUUGUCCAGCAUGAAGGCCUUAGUAAGAACAUCAGGAUUAAUGGGUGGAUUGAUUUGAAAACUGAAUUUUGCAAUUAUGAUUGUGCCUGGAUUCUGGCUACUCAAACCAGAAAAGGCAACAGCAGGAGUUUCCCCUAUGUUGGGCUGGAAGUGAAUCAAACCAAUAGGGAAAACAAAUACAUCUCCCUUGUUCAGCACUUUGGUGAAGAGACGGUUACCAUCCUGAUUAGAUGAGACGAAGCUGACAAAUAGGGUGCCUUCUUGGACUACUAGAAUCUCAGUUCCACGAGGAUGAGUGUGGGGAGGAUUAAGACCACCAUUCAGUGCAAAAUCAAUGUGAACUAGGGAUACACCAAGAGUGUUAAGGCCUGGAAGUUGUUCAACGAAUGCCUGAGUGACAGCAGAUCCAACCGCACUGGAUGUGUUUCCUGGCUUGUCAAACCCUGAAACGAAGAAGUCGCUUGCUACAAGCUUUGGGUCCUUGCAAAACUUCCCAUUGACAAACAGUGCACCAAAGACGUGUUAUUGGAAAGAAUGCCAACCAAAAUAUAUAGUGUAAAUGCCAACCAAAAAAUAUAUAGUACACUUUUUAAUGAAGUUUCUAGAAAAUGCAAUGUCGAAAAAGGAGGACAUGCCACCAGUCUUGGUGUCAUUGAUGGCUACGCAGAAGUCCUGGAGAGGGCUGGGGUCAUCUGCAGAGGCAAAGGAGGAAGCAAGAGCCAAGAGGGCAAAAGCUACAAGGAAAUAAGCACUUUUCAUUGUUAUAAGGCUACUGCCACCUUAAAUUCUUUUAAGUUUCUUUGUGAGGGAUGAGAAGCCUCUCACGGAAACAUGUGUAUUUAUAAGCAUAAGAAUUGAAGUGGUCUGUGGUGUUUUGUCUCUUUCUUCAGGAGGCAGGUGAAAGGUGAAAGACUUACCAAGUCUUUGGUGGUUGUCCAAGUUUUCUUCCUGUACUUACCCCUGUUCAUUACUCUAAGUAAUUAAAUUUUACUUAAUCAAAGUUGAAGCAAAUU